CCGCCGCUCCACCGCACCAGGCCGCCAUCCACCGCCAGCCAAUUCGAAAACUCCGCCAAAUCUCUCGCAGCAGCAGAGUCUUCUCCCUCUCCGUCGUCGGCGAUGUCUGGGCGCGGCAAGGGCGGCAAGGGGCUGGGCAAGGGCGGCGCCAAGCGCCACCGCAAGGUGCUCCGCGACAACAUCCAGGGCAUCACCAAGCCGGCGAUCCGGAGGCUGGCGAGGAGGGGCGGCGUGAAGCGCAUCUCCGGGCUCAUCUACGAGGAGACCCGCGGCGUGCUCAAGAUCUUCCUCGAGAACGUCAUCCGCGACGCCGUCACCUACACGGAGCACGCCCGCCGCAAGACCGUCACCGCCAUGGACGUCGUCUACGCGCUCAAGCGCCAGGGCCGCACCCUCUACGGAUUCGGCGGCUGAGCGCAUCCGCUCCCUCGUCUGCAGCUGCUGGCGGUAGUGCUUGCUUGCUUGUUCGUUUGGGUUACCCGUGCUGGGCGUUCCGUUUGGUGAUGUAGAGAUACUCUCAGAUUCGUAUCUGUGCUGUCUUUUGUUCUUAGUAGGUGGAUGUGAAGUACGGGUCUCGAAAUUCCAACUGCCAGUUGUAUCUCAGUUCCGUUUCCUUUGCAGCAAUGAAAUGUUAACCCCGAUCUGCUACCAAUUGCCGUGGUUCUUUUGGCACAAGUGAUUUUAAGAGGUGCCGUGACGUUUUAUUU